AUGCACGACGAGCAAGACAACGCCUCUGAUAUGGGGCUAGCGGGUCUGUGUAGACCGUUAGGGAGGCGGGUGGGACCAUACCAGAAAAACAUAAAGGUUGAACAACUGAAUAUUCAUCACAGUAAAGCAGCAUCAGCAAUGAUCCUGCGACACUUUGACGAAGAAAAGUUGGACAUACUACUGAUUCAAGAGCCCUGGAUUGUUCAAAACGCUAUUAUGGGACUUGGUACAUCAGUUGCCACGCUGUUCUUUCCACAGGCAGCUGGUAAAAUAAGGACAUCCAUAAUGGUGAGGAAGGGGAUACAAUGCAUCCAAUUGCCUCAUCUAUGCUCACCAGAUCUUACUACGGUAAGAGUAGGGAGUGAUGCAAAUACUUUUAUCGUGGCGUCAGCCUAUCUACCAUACGACUCUACUGAACCACCUCCCAGUCAGGAGGUAAUCAGACUGAUGGAGUAUUGUAGGACGAAAAGGCUAGAAAUUGUCAUAGGAUGUGAUGCGAACGCACACAACAUUGUGUGGGGUAGCAGCGAUAAUAACAACAGAGGGGAAUCUCUCCUCGAGUUUGUUGAAAAAUACAAUCUGAUGAUUGUAAACAGGGGGUUAGAACCUACCUUCGUUGACGCACGAAGGUCAGAAGUUAUUGACCUAACCCUGUGCUCAGGCGCAAUGACACAGAAAAUUGAGAAAUGGAGGGUCGCUGAUAGACUAACAAUGUCGGAUCAUCGGGCUAUACACUUUGAACUACUCUGUCGUCCGAAACGCACUAAUAGUCAGAGGCUAGUAAGAAUUCCUGAGAAUACUAAUCAGGUAACUUACUUGACGUUGUUGACGGAAUUAUUACAAAACAGGCCGUUGAGGAAACUCAAGACCACAUGGAAUGUAGAGACAGAAGUCAAAGCAAUUACUGCUGCGAUGAUUAAUGCAUUCGAAAACGCUUGUCCCCAAACUAGCAUUGCAGAAAAGUCAUCGACACCUUGGUGGAGUCAGGAUCUUGAUGUAAUAAAAAAGGAGACAAGGAAAGCCUGUAAUAAAUACAUGAGGGAGAAGAACUCCGAAUCAUGGGACUUGUAUAAGGCCAAAAAGCGUGAAUUUAAGAAAGCACUACGCAACCGGAAACGGGAGUCGUGGAGGAAUUUCUGUUCGAGCAUGAAGGGGACCUCUGAAGUAAGUCGGUUACAAAAGAUGGUCACCAAAGAUCCGGUCUCAAGACUUGGUUUAAUCCGAAAGAAGGAUGGUACAAUGACGGAGACAGUAGGCCGCGGUCAAGGAAACGCAGAUGCCAUUGGCGACUAUGAGGAGGGUCUAUGGGGCAAAAGUGUCCUACAGAACACUGAUAGUAGACGGCCUUCUACAUAA